AUACCUACACCCAAAUUUGCACCUACUUUAAGAUCUGAAACAAAAAAACGAAAAAUCAGAAAUACUAUCAAAGAAUGGAGAAUGAAGGAAUUCUUUUGGGUAUGGGCAAUCCAUUGCUCGAUAUCUCUGCUGUUAUCGAUCAAGAUUUCCUUAACAAGUACGACAUCAAGCCAAACAAUGCUAUUCUUGCUGAGGACAAGCACUUGCCUAUGUAUGAAGAAAUGACAUCCAAGUAUAGUGUUGAAUUCAUUGCUGGAGGUGCAACUCAAAAUUCAAUCAGAGUAGCUCAGUGGAUGCUUCAAAUUCCAGGUGCAACAAGUUACAUGGGCUCUAUUGGGAAGGACAAGUUUGGGGAGGAGAUGAAGAAAAAUGCAAAAGAUGCUGGUGUUAAAGUUCACUACUAUGAGGAUGAGAGUCCAACCGGUACUUGUGCUGUCUGUGUGCUUGAUGGCGAAAGGUCGCUGGUUGCAAACUUAUCAGCUGCAAACUGCUACAAGGUUGACCAUUUGAAAAAACCGGAGAACUGGGCUUUGGUGGAGAAGGCCAAGUAUUUCUACAUCGCUGGAUUCUUUCUCACCGUUUCUCCAGAAUCUAUUCAGCUUGUUGCUGAGCAUGCAGCUUCCAAGAACAAGGUUUUUUCAAUGAACCUUUCAGCACCAUUUAUCUGUGAGUUCUUCAAGGAUCAACAAGAGAAAGUCUUGCCGUAUAUGGACUUUGUCUUUGGUAAUGAGACGGAAGCAAGAACCUUCUCUAGAGUUCAUGGCUGGGAGACUGAUAAUGUUGAAGAAAUAGCUUUGAAGAUCUCCCAAUGGCCAAAGGCAUCAGGAACACACAAGAGAAUCACUGUCAUUACACAGGGUGCUGAUCCAGUUGUUGUGGCUGAGGAUGGGAAGGUGAAGCUGUUCCCAGUAAUUCCAUUGCCAAAAGAGAAACUAGUUGACACCAAUGGUGCUGGGGAUGCAUUUGUUGGAGGAUUCCUUGCACAGUUGGUCCAAGAAAAACCCAUUGCAGAUUGUGUAAAAUCAGGGUGUUAUGCAUCAAAUGUCAUCAUCCAAAGGCCUGGUUGCACAUACCCUGAGAAGCCCGAUUUUUAAAUGAGGGAUUUUCCACUUGUGUGCUUUCCAUGUUCUUACUCCAGUUAAUCAGAAAUAUUUUCUGGUUUUAGUAUUUUUCAUUUUAACGGGUUAUGCCAGUUGCUCAAGGUAUAUCCAUAUCCCAAUUCUCAUCCCAUAUGUUGUAAGGGAUUUUCAUUGCCUUCUUUUUUGGUCAUUAAGAAUAACAUUCUAUUUUAAUUGCGUUUUAUUGCAAUUAAGAUGGUUCUAUAGUUUUCGUUCGUGAUAAGAAAGUGUGUUAGGCUAGUUUGUUUCAUUUACUGUCCUUGUUUUUAUAUCACGGAGAAAAGAAGUAAAAGUAUAUGAUCCAACUCAGGCAAAACGAAAGUUGAAUGUGUUUUCUACUUCUCUUUUUGUGUUGACAAUGCCAUUAUAACUA